AUGGAAUACGCAUACCAGACGACUCCGCCCAUGGCGCAGUCGCCGUUCUUCUACUAUAAUCCAUCCCCAAGCCCUGAAAACAGGCAACAUGGUCACUUUACGCCGCAUCCGCAUGGGCUGCCAAUGGCUGUCGUGCCAUCGAGCCCGCAACACAUCGCGCCUUUCCCACAACACCCGGUAUAUCAGCGUCCACACUCCGCUGACCGUCAGAUGAUGUACCAUCAGUCCGGGCCCGCAUACGUAUCGCAAGCGAUGAUCACACCCGUUGCGUCUCCGAAGAUGCACUACCACAAGCCGGCAAUCUACGUACAGCAUGAGAUGCCAAUGCUGAUGGCAUUGAACACUGAGUGCCACAGCUACUUCCCACCUACGCCCACGCUUUCUGCGUCUGGCUCCUUCAGCACCGUUGACAGCUCCCCCCCAACCUGCGAUAUCGUUCCUACUCCCGUGACCGCAAGCUACUACCAGAGGCCGAACCUGCCCAUGUACGCUGUGGUCAAGCAAGGCUGCGAGGAAGAGGUGUUCUCCGAGGUCCUGUCAACUGGUGAGUGGUCACGGCCGCAAUCUCCACCGAUGACACCCGUCUACUUGCAUCCUGGAUCUGCUGCCCCGGGCGAGAUGGCUUACCACCUGACGGCUGGCUCUUGCCCUUCGCUGUCUCCUUGUCCAUCACCGAUCCCACGCUCGGUCACUUCUGAGCUCGAUGUCUGCGAUCCUCGCGCCCUAACAGUGGGCCCAAGCACCAUUGACUUCUCGGCUCUGCCAACCAUGCCAACCGCAGAGGAGGCAAUGAAGAGCAAUACAACCAUGCACCAGGAUAGCGUUCAGGUUGUCACCCCUGACGAGCUGAUUCAUUACGGCGGCGUAGACUACUUCGAGCCCAUUUUUGAGCUUGAUGGCGAGGAGGACUGUGGGGUCAUGUGCUCGAACACUGGUGUCGACACCAUUCACUUCAAUGGUAACAAACGUCAGCGUAUGGAAAUGGCACCAAUGAGUAUUGAGGACGACGGCUUCUUCAGUGAAUCAAGCUAUAGCGACGAAGAGUUUGCCGCCGUCGCCAGCUACUCUCCCUCCACAUCUGAGUUCUCCAUCCCAGAGCAGUGUGCUGCCGCCGCAGCUCCACAAACCAAGCGCAAAUCAUCGAAGAAGACAGCGGAUGCAUCGUCCGCUCAGUCCACGAGCCACCAGAACUCCUCUUCCUCGGCCUCUACAUCGGCGAGCAACGAGGGUGGUGCUUCUGCUGCCAGCACUCCGGGGCAUGGCAGCAGCUCUCGUCGUGGUCGCAAGCAGUCCUUGACUGAUGACCCUUCCAAGACUUUCGUCUGCACCCUGUGCAGCCGUCGCUUCCGCAGGCAAGAACACCUCAAGCGCCACUAUAGGUCUCUCCACACCCACGAGAAGCCCUUCGAGUGCACCGACUGCGGCAAGAAGUUCUCUCGCUCCGACAACCUUAGCCAGCACCAGCGUACCCAUGGUGCCGGCACCAUGGUCAUGGGUGUUCUGCCUCAAGAUCAACAGCAUCUGGCACCCAUCGAGUCCGUCAAUGGUGGCGAAGCAGGGAGUCUGAUCGCUCCCAAGAGCGACCAGCAUUACACGCCGCAGCCGCUGGCACCCCACCAGCAACGGCUCAGCCCGGACGCUGGUCAACUUGGUGCCAUGCUCUUCGACGUGACCGCUCAGGUUGCUGGCAGCAGCAGCAGCUCGGUGACAUACUCGGACAGCUCUAGCUCAUCCUCCGAUCGCAAGCCAGCGAAGAAGAGGAAGCGGGACGAGUAG